AUGUGCGGCGAUGGGCUCUGUUACGAACGCUUUACGGGCAGCGCGCUCUUUGUGUUCAAUGGCGUGGACCUCAUCUGCGGUAUCGCGCUCACCGUCUACAGUCUGUUCAUCGGCCUGAACCAUUACGCGCCAGAGUGGCUCUAUGUGCCUCUUUUAGCCGUCGGCGCUUUGCUGGUCCUGACGACGUGCAUGAGCUGGUGUGGCGCGUCGUCCAGUCGGAGCUGCGCCAUGUGUCUCCCGUGCUCGUCGUAUCUGUUGAUUCUGUUGGCUGUGGCGGAACUGGCACUUGGCGUAGUGAUUUUCACCCAAGGAUCGACGAUUGACCGAUUCCUGCGUCAACAUCAGCAAGAGCUUCAGAUCACGUGCGUGGAAUGGUUCAGUGACGUUCAGAGAGUUGCGAUGAACAGCUGCUACCGGCUCGAAAAGAACAAGUUCAUUCCUGCUUAUGGCAUGCUGGCACUCUUUGUCAUGGAAGUGCUGCGGUUUUGCUGCAGUAGUGAAUUGUAUCGGGCACGACGGUACCGGAAAUACCAGUACCGACAACUCAACACGUUGCGGGGUCUGGACGAUGAGCUGCUGGCAGCCAGGAACGAAGAGGCCAUUCUGAGCAAAUUUGCAUUGCUCAAGGACAAGUACAGGAAAAAGUAUGUCGCUCCCCAAGAUGUAUCUGCGACAACGGACAAUGCUACAGUCGAAGUGUGA